UCAUACUUUAUUAAAGUAUCACUAGAAACCGAUCGAAAUCGAACGCUCGAAACGUGCUGUUGUUAUGGUUACCAAAAGUUCGCUAUAGCGGCUAUUUGAAAAGACGCACUCUAAUAACUUGUAAUCUAACUUUUGACUGAAAAUCCUUUUAAAACCUGUAUAUAGCCUAAAAAAAUUUUGCCUAAUUUUUAUGUGUAAACACACCCCUUGGGAGUCACGGGGACCCUCCCAAACUCUCCUCAUAAUUUGGAAAUCACAUUUUUAAAAGUUCCCAAAUAUUCAAGGGCCGUGAAAAUCGUGACUGAUAAUAUUCAGCCAUGCGCUGCGCUGCACUGCAUCUGAAUACCGUCCCGUUCGUAAAACAGAGCGCGUUCAGAACGCUUCGAUGACGCAUCGCGCACGCUGUCCGCGGUAAACUCGCUUUUCUCCGGUCAAACCCUGCAGAACAGUGAAAAAGAAAAAAAAAAAAAACCUCUGAAGUGAAGUUCCUCUGCGAAGGAUCUGGUUCUGACAGCUGCAGCGCGCAUCGCUCGCGGAACUCCAGCAAAUGUCAAAACGCGCGAUGGUUUCUGCUGCGAAACUUAAGGUUUGUUAACUCCCAAAUAGAGAGGUAUCGGCGCGUGCUUUCUUGUAGAUCAACUCCACGACGAGGAUCUACAGCGGAUCAAAUCAACAGAUUGCACCGGAGCUCGUGAUGUUGGCUGUGUUUGCCGGUCUGUGCGCGCUCUUGGUUCUGCGCGUCCCAGUCGCGGCGGAUCUCCACGCGGUGAACUGCAGCCAGGUGAAAGACGCCUUUACCGACCUGGGUUACAGUACUGCAAAUGUUCCCACCGAGCAAACAGCAGGAGAGGAUCUGCGGGUUUGCAUUCCUCAGAAAACCUGCUGUAAUGCAGAGAUGGAGGAGAACCUCAGCCAGAGAAGCUCACGGGACUUUGAGAAGCUCAUGGACGACACGAGCGAAGAGCUGAGGGACACGUUUAUGACCGGACAUAAAAGGUUUGAUGAUUUCUUCUUGGAGUUGCUGGAGAACACUGAACGCUCUCUGAACGAGAUGUUUCUGCGCACAUAUGGGAAGCCCUACUUGCAGAACGCCGAGGUCUUCCAGGGCCUGUUCGCCGAGCUGAAGCGAUACUACGCAGGCGGCAACGUCAAUCUGGAGGAGAUGCUGAACGAUUUCUGGGUACGUCUGCUGGAGCGCAUGUUCCAGCUCCUGAAUUCCCAGUAUCUCAUCACCGAGGACUAUCUGGAAUGCAUCGGCAAGUACGUGGAGCAGCUUAAGCCCUUUGGAGACGUUCCCAAGAAGCUCAAGUCUCAGGUUACACGAGCGUUCAUCGCCGCCCGCACCUUCGUCCAGGGCCUCAUGGUUGGACGGGAAGUGGCUAACAGGGUUUCCAAGGUCACCAUGAGCUCUGCGUGCGUCAGCGGCUUCACUAAAAUGCUCUACUGCUCGUAUUGUCAGGGUUUGUUCACACUGAAGCCCUGCAACAACUACUGUCUGAAUGUGAUGAAGGGCUGCUUGGCCAAUCAGGCCGAUCUGGACCCAGAAUGGAGCAAAUACAUCGAUGCCAUGCUGCUCGUGACGGAGCGUAGAGAGUCCUUGCGUUGUCUGCAGGUGGAUUAUAUGGUUUUCCAAGGUUGGUGGACAGCCGAAGACUUCAGGAAAGGAGCAGGUCGCCACGCGAGCGUUCUCCGACACGUCCAGCGGGGGGACGCGCUUCACACGGGGCUGCCCCUAGGCACUCCAGUGACCCAGAAGGAGCUUACGACCGCCGCUGGCUGCCACGCCAAUGGACGCGCCCUGGUUAAGCAGCAACUCUAG